AGCGUCGCGAUGUCUCAACAGCGGUCGUCGUCGCACUUACGGCGCCUUGUGAUUGCGCGGAUUUUUCUGCUCACUACGUGCGUCUUUCGCCUGAUUAGGCUCUCCGACGGGGGGAUGGAGAUCCUAGGAGCAGACAUACCAAACUUCACUGGUCCCAUAGCGAACGUAACAGUCCCGGUUGGGCGGGAGGCGGUGUUGGAAUGCGGCGUUGACAACUUGUCCGCUUUCAAAGUUGCUUGGCUCAGAGUGGACACUCAGACGAUUUUGACAAUACACGGUCACGUGAUCACCAAGAACCAUCGAAUCGCUGUUACGCACACGGAACACAGAACCUGGUACUUACACAUACGUGACAUCAGAGAGUCAGACAGGGGCUGGUAUAUGUGUCAGAUCAACACCGACCCCAUGAAAAGCCAAAUUGGAUAUCUGAACGUAGUCGUGCCACCCGAUAUCCUGGAUUACCCGACCAGCACUGACAUGGUAGUGCGAGAAGGGUCCAAUGUCAGUCUGCGAUGCGCCGCCACUGGUUCACCUGACCCAUCGAUAACAUGGAGACGGGAGGGUGGGGAAUCCAUCGCCCUCGGCAGCGGACAAGAAGUCUCGAGCAUAGAAGGUCCAAUUUUCAACAUUACCAAGGUAAACCGUUUGCACAUGGGUCCGUAUUUGUGCAUUGCGUCGAAUGGAGUUCCACCUUCUGUUAGCAAAAGGAUAAUGCUCAUAGUGCACUUCCCACCGAUGAUCUGGAUCCAAAAUCAACUCGUCGGAUCGAUGGAGGGCCAACAAAUAACACUGGACUGCCACUCGGAAGCCUAUCCAAAAUCUAUUAAUUACUGGACCAAGGAUGAUGGCAAUAUUAUUUCGCAAGGAACAAAAUACGAGCCUGUGUUAGUGGAUAACGCUUACAAAGUCCACAUGAAGCUCACGAUCAGGAGCGUUGGGCCAGCGGACUAUGGUUCGUACAAAUGCGUGGCAAAAAACUCCCUCGGAGAGACUGACGGCACCAUCAAGCUCUAUCACAUACCAACUCCGUCCACGUUAAAACCGACUACGCAGAGCACCACUCAACAGCCGAAAUUAAUAACCCAAAAAAGCACCGUCAAGCAGAAGCAGAAACAGAAACCGAAGACGAGGCAAAAGGAUGAAUCCGGCCCAGUCAACGCGAACGAAAUAGGGGACGAUGAAGUCGUCGCCAAGGAACGAGAUUUGCGGCUCCGAAGCAGCCCGAGCGACGCUAGCGGCGAGCAACUCGAGAAUAUGGACGACGAUUUUCUUUUCUCGUCGUCGUCGUCGUCGUCGAACUUACGUCAGCACGCCGUUCUGUUACGGAUGUUUUUGCUGCUGAUGGUGGUUGUUUUAUCGCCGCAUCUGCCGUGUUAAUUGGGGAACUUCGGGACGAGUGCAGUGUGUAGUUUAACGCAGUUAGUGGUCGGGAGUGAGAUUAAAACCUUUGUAAAGUGUAAUAUAAAGUUGAUUCGGCGUAAGUGUGCGACGGACUGAAAAUGUAAGUCGCGGGGCACAUUAGAAACUGUUUAUAUUAUUUUUACGACUUCUAAGAUUAUUGCUAAACUUGGGCUUCGGCUCCGAUUAUUUUUCCGACCAGUUUUGUUGAUGUUUUUGCCUACAAGGGUAGGAAACAGCCUGUCAUCCAGGAUUCUACGCUCUAAGUUAAACAAAGAUUUCUGAUAGAUUGAGGACUAAAAAUCAGGUGUAACAACCAUAUAGCUAUUAGAUAAAAUGGUAGUCCCGGGACUGUAAAAAUUGAUAUUUUCGUAGAGAAACGAAUGAUUUUCCACACAUGCACUAACCUGCAAUUUUCUUUGUUUUUGCCACAAGAUGGGAACUGAAGAUAUUUUGAGAAAAUAGAGGCGUAAAAAGCUGCAUCCAAACUUAUUGACUACCUGUCAGCGGCCCUGUUGGUUGUUGAAUGCCGCAACGUCAUUGGUUAAUGAAGUUCCUGUAUUAUCAGCAUUAUGUAGGGUCUCUAGAUCAUUAAUACCUGUAUAGUUCCAACAGACUUUUAGGACAAGCGCAGUGUUUUUAUUUAAAAUUUUGAAUUUUGGGUU